AUGAAGAGGAAAACCCUAAUGAAUCAGAUAAGCUUUAUGGUGGACAACAGCGACCUCGGCCGUCAAAUGCCGAGCCAUCGAUCGCUGCGGCGUACAUCGUUGUUGUUCCGACACGCGAUCAACCCUAUCAGUUUCGGAUUAGCGGCAGCGGCAGCAGCUGGUGUUCGAGCAGGUUAUCCCACUGUGCUACCCGCACACUACGGACUGUCCCCCGGGUACGUGUACGGCGCGCCAGGCUACGUGGGCGGCGUAGGCGGUGUGGGCGGCGUGGGUAGCGGGGCGGGACUGAUGCAGCUGCCGCAGCUCCAGCACGCCGCGGCAGUGGCGGCUGCCAAUCACUUGUACGAGUAUCAAGCAGCCGCGCAAGGCGCCUACCAGCAUCAGUAUGCUGCCAUGGACCCCUACGCCACCGCAGCCGCAGCGGCAGCGGCAGCUAGCGGUGCAGGGUAUAUGUCUCCGUACUACACUCUGCAGGGUGGGAGUGUCCAAGCACCCCUUCUGCCCCCCCUGUCCUAUCCUCCUCAGCUUCAGGAGGCACGAAUGCAGUGA